GCCGAAAGCGAGAAGCGAAUUGUGCUAAUGGGCUGAGAUUAUCUGCAGUCUGAUGGGUUUUGUUUUGUACUCGGUCGGGUCCCACCCAUUCACUGAGCUCCCACACACACUCUCUCUCUCUCUCUCUCUCUGCAGGUCUGGCUGUGCACAGUCAUUUACUGGAGACUUGACUGUGAGCACACGUCUGUUGCCUCGGGCCAGGUCUCUCCUCUCAAAGUGUGGCAAUCCCUUUAGAAAUCACCAGAAAGCUGUCCUGGAAAUUGCUUCAUUCUUGAUUACAGAAAUCUCAGUGGGGGUCGCCGCAGCUCGGGAAUCCGGAUUAGGAUGUGACUUCAGAAUGGUAUUGGUUUCUGUUCUUUCCACGCUCCUGUGUUACUGCUUUGUGGACGCCGAGAUUGCAGAGACCCAUCAAGCAAAAGACAACCACCUCUCAGCUGUUGGCUGGUGCUUGGGCAGUUUCACCAAGCUGGGUUAUUAUACCAGGUCAGUGACAUUCACUGUGACUGGAGAAGAGUGUCUGAAGUGGACAGAAUUCCCAGACUAUGUCCAGCAAUAUCCCAACAAGGGCCUUGGUGACCACAAUUUCUGCCGCAAUCCCGAUGGUGAAACUAUUCCAUGGUGUUUCUACAGGAAGAAAACGGGGUCAAUAAGCUGGUCAGAAUGCGACUGCAACCACGGUGCUAUUCGAUUGAGUGGAGGAGCCAGCCAACAUGAGGGAAGGGUGGAGCUACUUUACAAUGGACAAUGGGGCACUGUCUGUGACAAGAAUUGGGAUGAUAGAGAUGCCAGUGUGGUCUGUCGCCAGCUAGGCUUGAGUGAAAUAGGCGUUGGCAAGAAGAAUUCAUUCUUUGGCGCGGGAUCAGGCCCCAUACAUAUGGAUGUGGUUCACUGUCGUGGUGAUGAGACAGCCUUGCUAGAAUGUGGAAACAGCACGUUAGCAAAUGGAGUUUGCAGACAUGGCAAUGAUGCAGGAGUUGUGUGUGGACUUCCAGAAGGUUCAGUAAUGCCCAUUCGUCUGGUUGGAGGGGAGGAGGACUAUGAAGGGCGAGUUGAGGUCUUUCAUGGUGGAGAGUGGGGGACUGUGUGUGAUGACCAGUGGGAUGAUCUGGACGCGGAGGUUGUCUGCAGACAAUUGGGCUUAAGUGGGACUGCCAAGUCUUGGAUGUGGUCCCACUUUGGACACGGGUCAGGUCCAAUACUAUUGGAUGAAGUUGAGUGCACGGGCAAUGAGCUGUACUUGGACGAGUGUCAGAAAAGCAACUGGCGACAGCACAACUGUGAGCAUGCAGAAGAUGCUGGUGUCUCCUGUGACCCAUUUGCAGAUGGUGUCAUAAGACUGGUUGGAGGCAGAGAUUCCAGUGAAGGAAGAUUGGAAAUCUAUCGCAACGGAGCAUGGGGUACAGUGUGUGAUGACAGGUGGACUGACCUGAAUGCUCAGGUUGUUUGCAGGCAGCUUGGAUUCAGUGGCCCUGGGAUUGUAGCACCUGAGGCCAAAUUCGGACAGGGACUUGGCUUCAUACUCCUGGAUGAGGUGGUCUGCACGGGGACUGAACUAGAGCUUCUGGGAUGUGCUCGGAGCAACUGGGGCCAACACGACUGCUCACAUCACGAGGAUGUGGGCGUGAUAUGUGCACAGGCAGAGACCAAUAAAAUAAGCAAGUCUAAUUUAGGGCCAGUUAUCCGGCUUGUGGAUGGAGAGAAUAGUAAAGAGGGGCGAGUAGAGGUAUACCUCCACGGAGAAUGGGGGAGUGUCUGCGAUGACGGAUGGACAGACAAGGACGCGAGGGUCGUCUGCAGGCAGUUGGGCUACAGUGGCCAAUCCAAAGCCAGAACAAUGGCCUAUUUUGGGGAGGGUCAUGGACCUAUCCACCUGGACAAUGUGAGAUGUACUGGCCAUGAGAAUUCACUGGAUGAGUGUGGUACAUCCAGCCUUGGAAUCCAUAACUGCUGGCACAGCGAGGAUGCGGGUGUCAUCUGUGAUUACAAGGAAGAUCCACUGGAGGAGCUUAGCAGCAGCGGUUCCUUGCCUUCAGUGUGUGGCCUGCGUUUAAUGAAUCGUCGUAAAAAGCGAAUUAUUGGUGGGAAUAAAUCAAUCAGAGGUGGAUGGCCAUGGCAAGCCUCACUGAGGCUGAAGAUGUUUUACCGAGAGAGCCGUUUAUUGUGUGGAGCCACAUUAAUCAACAACUGCUGGGUGCUGACUGCAGCUCACUGCUUCAAAAGGUUUGGUAACGACACACGGCAUUACUUUAUUCGGGUUGGAGAUUAUCACACGGCCGUCGAGGAUGAAUAUGAGCGAGAAAUCCCCGUUGAAAAGAUUGUCACUCACAAGAACUACCAGCCGGACAGCAGUGAUAAUGAUAUAGCGCUGGUCAGACUGAAGGGCAAAGAAGGACAUUGUGUGACCUUUAAUCAGUAUGCAACUCCAGUCUGUUUACCAGGCAGAAAGGAAAAGGUCAGAAUUAACAGGCAAACCUGCUAUAUCACUGGGUGGGGAGAUACAGGAAGAUCCUACUCAAGAACUCUACUGCAAGGUGCUGUACCUUUACUGCCAAAGAAGAUCUGUGAAAGCCGCUACAGGAACAAGUUUACUGCCCGCAUGAUUUGCGCAGGCAAUCUGUCUGAGCACAAGCGGGUUGAUAGUUGCCAGGGUGACAGUGGUGGACCUCUAACAUGCCAGCGCACAGGAGGACGCUGGGUCAUUUUAGGAAUCACCUCAUGGGGCUACGGAUGUGGAAGAAAGGACUCUCCUGGCGUUUACACAAAAGUGUCUAAAUUUGUCUCUUGGAUCAAGAAAGUGACUGAAACCAAAGUGAAAAUGCAAGAAAACUUGGUGAGCAAGCAAGCUGAAAAGACUUCCAGUGGUGGGUGAGAGGGGAGAAAGACUGGUUCAAACAAUAAGCUGCUGAAUUACUUCUUACUCAAAUGCACCAAAGAUCUUGGAGUAAUAAUUGGGAUACAGUAAUAAUUGGAGUAAUAAUUGGGAUACAGUAUAAUCUCUCCCUAUUAGACUUUUAAAAUAAUCAACAAACAUGGUGUCAGAAUAAACCACAACAAUAAAAAACA